CAAUGAUCGAUCACCGGCCGUAGCCAUUGGGUCUACAGGUCCUUUUCGGAUCUAAUUUUUGAGCCAUAUUUCGCAGACCAGAGCACUGUGGGACCCGCCGUCGUCUCCCAACACUGUGCCUCGCAAUGGUUGAUUUUCUUUCCCGCCUCCAUGACCCAUAUGCGACCAAACGCGCCCUAGGUCGCGAAGAAAUCGAUGCCUCCCGUUCCCUUCAAACGAAAACCUUUGUCCUAUGAAGACCCGUUGCUUUCAGAUGACGAUGUCGGCUUCCUCUAUCAAGUCAUCACACGCGCCGAGCGCGAUCCAGAAGUCGAGCGCCUUCCAUACAGAGUACUCUUCGAUGCGUACGAUCAGGUCAUCGCGGAACAUGGUGUGGACGCGGAUCCAGGCUAUGCCUGCAUGCGCUUCUUGCUCAAGAUGGGAAGCAAGGAUCUCGUUGGGGAAACACUCUUCGAGAAGUUUGAAAACUUGUUAGAACGGAUGGGAAUAGUGAUUGAGAUCGGCGAAGACGACGGCCAGGAGGAGACCUACGCUGACACUGUGCCUUCAGUCGAAAGCCGGGUUAGGAAAAGGAGACAAGAUGCUACUGGGGAGACCACAGAACCUACAUACCCUGAGAUACAAACGCCUUUACGAAGACGCGCCUCAUUCAACUCGAUGUACGACGUCGGUGAAGACCCUACUCAGAGAAGCUUCAUAAACCGUCCGAGUUCACGAUCCUCGAUGUCGCGAUUGCAAACCGGAAAACCCGAGUAUCCCUUCGCGGAUUCCACUCCAUAUACAAAGCGCGCAAUCGCCUCGAAAGGCACAGAUUCUCCGGAUAGAACCCAACUGAUCGCACAGUUUCUCGAUGUGGGUCGUCGACUUAUGAGCAGAUUUGAUCUUCUGGCCGCAGCAAAAUCAAAGUCGGCGCCCGAAGAGAAACCUAUGCCAAACGGCCUGUAUGCUCGCGCUGCGGUAGAUCGGGACCGCUCUGAAAGAAUAGCUGAGGCAUCGCGUUCGCGGCUUUCAAAAUCUUCAAGUAGCUCCGAAGAAGAGGAAGAACAAUCAUCCUCGUCUCAAGACGAGGCUAGUGGUUCAUUUGAGCGACCAGAGGCUCCCCCAGAACUACUCUAUCGACCUUCACUUUCGGACUUGCUGCGUGACGCGUCGACUUUCAACAUGUACCGCCAACGAGCGAUUCACCGCCGGAUACUGACCCAAUGGCUCAAAAAGGCUGUUGAAAAAAGACAGACCCAUCAUCACUUGGAGGCCGUCGCUUCCAACCGAGACAGAGGUACACUGUUGCGACAAGCAUUUGAGACAUGGCAUGGGAAAAUUAUAGAGAAGCGCCGAACGGAACGGACAGAAAGGUUCUUCAAGCACCUCGAAGAGCGCGCUGGACGGGCUCGGGAUCUUUACCUAUUGACUAAAGCAUUCUCCCACUGGGCUCAAUUCACCUCGGAAGAAAUUGCAAGAACGUCUGCCGCUCGCCGACAUAUCCUGAGUGUCAAAUAUUUUAACGCAUGGCGAGAAAUCACUGCAGUCAAUGAAUUGAAAGCUCAGCGCUUUGCCUUACGUCGACCCUUCAAUGCCUGGAGAAGGAAAGCAAGGCAGCUCAAGGAGGCAGAGGCAGAAGCGGUGGCUAUUCAUGAUGAGAAGUUGACAAAUGCAGCUUACUGGCAAUGGUUCUGGCAUUUUUGCGAGCAGCGUGCUCCUCAGUGGUAUGAUCAUUGCCUCAAGAGACGGUCUUUGCUGUAUUGGCUGCGCAAAUUUCGAACUAAUAGGGAGCGAAACCAUGAAAUUGAAGUCUGGAAUCGCCAAAAUCUCCUGACAUCUACUUGGCAAGCCUGGUAUCAUCGAACCGAAGGCGUGAUUGAUAUGGAACAUGAAGCAGCAUCGAUACACAGACGUCAGCUUCUCGGCGAAGCUUUCAGAGAAUGGAGAGCCCAGGCUCAUCUAGCGCCGGUCGCCGGUCGUGUCUCGCAAAUGGUAGAUAACAGAAUUCUUCGAUCGGCUUAUCAGCAAUGGAUCAAUAGGGUCCAGAUGUUACAGCAGGCGAGAGAAAUGGAUCGAUACCGCAUUGUACGGAAUUCCUGGACAGCGUGGAAUGAUCUGCUUCGUUGUCAGGCUCUUCACGCCCGGAUCGAAGAGCGUUUGAAGCUAGAAGCGAUGUACAAAUGGAUUUUGGCCGAACGAUACCGACUAAUGCAGCGGAUCAGAGAACAGCGGAUCAAGCAUGAAACCUUGUCCAGAUUCGUGACGAAUAUCCGCGGAACGUAUUCGGUGCUGCUUGACCGCGCAGAAGCCUAUGAAAGGCGUCAAACAAAGGAUCUACUUCGUUCAAAGCUCCAGUGUUGGCGGGAUCAGCUUGCCUUACAACACGAACGAGAUACCGUUGCGUUCGAGUUCUAUGCACCACGUCUCGCUCAGGAAUCGCUCGUCGCUUGGCGCUCCAAACUUCAGCAUGUGGCGAAGAUCGAAGGAUGGGCGCAUAAUGCCAGAUUUUAUUUCUUGGCCACCAAGUAUCUCAAGCAGUGGCGUGUGGCUGCAACAGAAUCUGCAAAACGACGUCGCCAGGAAGCCUAUGUCAAAACUCGAAGGAAGCACAAAAUAAGACUCGCGACGGAUGCUCUACUGCACUGGUUGUCCAAAGCUCGUACCGUGGCUGAUCUGGAGCAUCAAGCUAUACAGUUCUCGCGGCAGAAAGUACUAAUCAUCGCAUCUGAGCUUCUGGGCCGAUGGCAAGACAAGACAAUUACUCGGAUCCAGGAGUGCGAUUACGCUGAUAAUCAUUUCGCUCGUCAGAACGUGCAAGAGCAAUUGACACGCUGGGUUGAGCAUUUAGCCAAGGUUCGCCGUCAAGAGGAGCAAGCAGACAGCAUACACCAGCUGCAUGCUUUAUCACAGGCCAGCUCACAACUUCGCAAGCUUAGCUUCCGCGUCUUUCAAAUCAAGAGCAGCUUCGAGACGGCGGACGCGAUGAAGGAUCGCAAUCUGCGAAAGCAUACACGGGGCAUGUUCCGUAAUUGGCUUGAUCGAGCAAGAACGAAACUCGAAGCGCGAGACACAGCAGGCCCUUUGCUUAGCCCGCGGAAGAACUUUGACGCUCCACUUGGGCUCGAUACGAAUCGACGACUGUUUGAUACCUACUAUCAGGUCGAGACCCCCUUCAAGAUCUAUGCUACAGAACCCCAGGUUACCUCAACCACACCUCUAGCGACCCCUAAUUUUCUCACUUCGCCCUCCAGGCGGGCGGCUCCAUCAUUGGCACAGGGUUCUACUACCCCGGCAACGCCUCUGUAUACGCCCUUUGCUAGUCGACUACUACGCGCUGGCGCCUUACCUCGAACACUUUCUAGUCGACGUCGUGCUGGACGAAGUAGUGCGCUUGGCACAAGUGUUCGAUUCGUGGAUGAAGAGCCUGAGUCGCCGACGGACGGGAGAAGGUCGUCUGGUCGACGGACCUGAGCAUUCCGCUUGUUAUUGAAUUUAAGUUCUAAGGGAGGCCUUCUUGCUUGACUUGCUAAAUUUUCUUGCUUGAAAUCAUGAUACCCGUUUGCGUUGUUACGAUAGCGUGUAGACUAUGGCUUUCUAUUUCCUGUCACAUAUACUUGGGAC